CAAGGUGACUAAAAAAUGUCGACUAUCAGCCGGCAAACAGUCAUUUGUGCUAUGUGGGAAGAUGAGAGGUUCCCCACUAUUCUCAUCCGGGAAAAGACGGCUCGGAAGACAGCCGCGAGCGGAGAAGAUAGAUCGUGCAGCCGGUCGCCGCACACGCGCCUGAAGGUUCACUUUGCCUUCUCGAGGAAGAAUCGCGAACCGAUUUCACGAGGAACGCGACGCGCUCUGGUCCAAGGGGAAGCGGGAACGAUGCGUCCUCCACCGGGAUUCGUGCAGUGGACGUCGUCCCUAGUCCUAUUGUUCGCGCUCACGGUCCGCGCGACUUCGACGAAGCAGCCGAAUAUUGUCUUUAUUCUGGCGGACGAUUUGGGAUGGAAUGACGUCGGCUUUCACGGUUCCGGUCAGAUCCCAACGCCGAAUAUCAACGCACUGGCGUACUCCGGGCUGCUUCUCGAUAGAUAUUAUGUCAAUUCGAUUUGCACACCGUCCAGAAGCGCUCUGAUGACCGGCAAAUAUCCUAUUCACACUGGAAUGCAGCACGGCGUUCUCAAAGGUGCGGAGCCGAGAGGAUUGCCACUCCACGAGAAACUCUUGCCGGAACAUUUGCGCGAGCUUGGAUACAGCACGCACAUCGUCGGCAAAUGGCACCUAGGAUUUUACAAGAAGGAGUACACCCCGACUUACAGGGGAUUCGACACCCACACCGGCUUCUGGACGGGUCAUCACGAUUAUUUCGAUCACACGGCCGUUGAAAACCCUUAUUGGGGCUUGGACAUGAGACGGGGCAUGGAACCGGCAUGGGAUCUGCACUGCCAAUAUUCCACGGACAUUUUCACGAAGGAGGCGAUGAGAUUGAUCGACGAGCACAAUUCCAGUCGACCGAUGUUCCUAUAUCUGGCCCACGCAGCCGUGCACUCCGGUAAUCCUUAUAAUCCGCUUCCGGCGCCGGAUGAGGAGGUCGCUAAGUUCAAUAAUAUCUUCGAUUACAAUCGAAGGCGUUUCGCAGGUAUGCUGAGUAAGCUAGAUCAAUCGGUAGGCCAAGUAGUUGAAGCUCUGCGGAAGAAAGACAUGCUGCGAGAUAGUAUAAUCAUCUUCUCGACAGACAACGGUGGGCCUGCUGCUGGAUUUAAUUUGAAUGCAGCGUCUAAUUGGCCACUGAGAGGGGUCAAAAAUACUCUUUGGGAAGGCGGCAUCAGAGGUACAGGAUUAAUAUGGUCACCCAAACUGGUGCGACCUGGCCGAGUAAGCAGGCAGAUGUUACAUAUUACUGAUUGGCUACCGACGCUGAUAGCGGCCGCCGGCGGUGAUCCGGCAAACUUAACUAUCGACGGCAUGAAUAUGUGGUAUGCGCUAAGCGAAGAUACCGAAUUACCGCGCACGAGCAUUCUCCACAACAUUGAUGAUAUUUAUGGCGUGUCUGCCAUUACGGUCGGCGACUGGAAGCUCAUCCAGGGAUCUACUUAUAAAGGAACGUGGGACGGAUGGUACGGUCCAUCCGGUAGGGAGUGGGUCUACGACGUGGACGGCGUGAUCGACAGCACGGCGGCACAUGCCAUCGCCAGUGUGGGAUUGGGUGUCACUACGGAAGCUGUUCGGAUGCUGCGGGAAAACGCGAUGAUCAAGUGCCCGCCGCGGAAUGAUAGUCUACCCAGCUGCAAGCCGUUGGAAGAAGCGUGCCUCUUCAACAUCUAUCAGGAUCCUUGUGAAGAUAACAAUCUUGUUAAACAGUUUCCAACGAUCAUCAGGAAACUGCAGGACGAACUGAAGAAGUUCAACAACAGUGCAAUUCUACCUGGAAAUCUUCCGUGGGACAGUAAGGGCGAUCCGAGUCUGUGGGAUCAUACAUGGAACAACUUCGGAGAUUACAUUAAUGUCAUGAUGAGCGCUGCAACCUGAUCGAAUACUGUAAUCUCAAGGAUAUUAUCUUCGUUUCCCUGCAGAGUGAUAUAUAAUACGUAUAAGGAUUACGCCAGAAAAUGUGCUGCUCAUGUUAGUCCAUAUUUGUUAUGUUACGAAGAGAUCUAUACAACUAUAAAGAUAUUUAGUCUUUGUUUCUUUACCUUCGUCUGUAUGCGUCGUCAUAAAAAAAAUGCAUGUCAUCGAUAAAGUAUAAAAAUAUCCAGCAACGUUAAAUUAGAGACCUUAUUUUAUUUGUAAUGCGAUUUGACCCUAUGUAUUUUAUUGCUAAAUUUUUAAUAUAAUUUUAGAAAAAA